AUGCCAAUAAAUGUGAUAUCGCUACGAUGGUGGCGAUUGUUUGCUCUGUGUCUGGUAGUGAUACUGUCAAUGGAGCUCUGUACCGGACAGCGUGUGCGUCGUCCUCAUCCACAUUAUCCUAAGUUCGAAAUACUAUGGCCACUGCAUUGGGUUAGUGCGGCGUACGUUUGGGGCUUCCUGAAGCUGGGCGCCAUUUUUGCCGGGUUAAUGUUGCUGUUCGUCGUUCGCCAUUUAGUGUGGGGUAACAGUCAAUCCUACUACGUCGAUCACGACACUCCUGUAUAUCACUUUAGGAGCUUGAACACUGAAUUGUGGAAUACAAUGGACGGUGGCACCGGGAAUGAUGAGAUACUUUACUGGACUGACAAAAUUGAAAAGGCUGUAGAAAAGUUUGGAGAAGCAUAA